GUUUGAAGGCCAACUGAAACAGCAUGUCGCAUUAAAGAAAGUGCCCUUUGUGGACUCAUGUGGGAAUCAAGUCAAACCCAUCAAACCUAAUGGCAUAAAGAUGGAGAAAUUUGUGUUUGAUGUCUUUCCAUUCUCAAGGAACUUCGUUGCAUUUGAGGUUGUGAGGGAGGAUGAGUUCUCCCCCCUGAAGAACGCAGACGGAGCUGCUACAGACACCCCCACCACGGCCCGGGCCUCUCUGCUGACUCAGCACCUGCGCUGGGCGGCCGCUGCAGGAGCCACUCUGUGUGAUGAACACGGGAACACCCUCCCUGCUCCAAGUGCAUCAGCAGGGGACGAUCCAGCGCAGUGGGAGAUUUCACCGCUGGUCUCCUACUUUGGAGAGGGCCUGGAGAUGCUGAAAGGGAGGACGCUGCAAACUCCGCUCAUUCUGGAUGAAGAAAAGGCCAAAGAGCUGCGGGCUCAGCAACAACUCUGUGAAAAGUAAAGUAGUGUGAGAGGAGCAGAGAUUCAGUGAGCUGGGGCGAAGGAUGGAGAAGAUAACUGGGAUGGAUUCAGCCUAAAAAUGCACAAUUGUUUAAAUACAUUUUUUAACUGUAUUUGAAGAUAAUCAAAUCAAACUGUCAUACAUGUCAUGUCAUUCUCUCUUUGUUGAGGAACAUCUACAUAUCAUGGGAUUUAAAACCAAUAGAACAAAAUUAAGGGACGAGCAAUGAGUUUUUUUUUUUACAUGUUUCUAAAAAUAUAUACAAAAGAAUACAACCUAUAUCCUUUCCCUGUCUUUUCAGUGCAUUCAUUUGUCCAAAUACCAUUUUCACUUCAGAGGCCAAAAGUUAAUUUUCAAACUGUUUCAGGAUAAGAAUGAAAAAUGUUUAUGAUAUGUUUGAGAGAAGUGUUACUGUGUAAUGAUGGAAUUGUUGGAGAAUAUUUCCUUCAGAACAGUUAUACUGAGUCACAAUAGCAAAACAAUCCACUAUUUCAUUUUGAAAUAAAAGGAAAGUAAUGCAAAAAUAGUGCACCAUAUCAGCUUUGAAGUGUGUAAAGAUACGUCGCCUCCUUAGAGGAUAGUGAAUGAUAAUACGUUUAAAUGCAGCUUUAGCUUCUGGCAUUCUAACAAUACAUCCAAUAUUCUGACAGACAAUAAUAAUUGUAUCUGUUGAUGUGUGUUUUAUCCAUUAACCACUAAAUCCCACUACUAGCAGUUACCAGUGUGCUUCCUGCUUGAAAUCACAGAACAGUCAGGAUCCUAUCAUCAUGCGCAGUCCUGGCUUUUUGUCCCUCCCGGCCACCCUAUCCUGGACUGUCUCGUGACCGUCUCUGGCCAAUCACAGCUGUGACUGCACAGGGAUAAAAACAAAACAUCAGAGCGAGAAUUCUAAAAUAGUGUUUUUCGACUUAUUUAUUUAAUGCAGUGUUUGGCUCAGUCACACGAAACAAAACGGGUUAGCGCCCCCGGCGGUCGCAGUACAGCCGUUAGCUGUUAGCGACAUUAACGCUAGCUUUUUGACAGGACGCUUCGAUGUUUCAGGAACGUUAACACCGUUAGCUAGUUGUUGAUGUUAACGCCAUGGCUAAUGACGCUACACACUGACGGCUCUCAGGACUCAGGGCCUCUGCUGAGAUAUGGAGGCUCUAACAUGCUAGCACCAUGUUCAAGAAUGUGUUCGGCUCAGGGUUCCUGGUGAGGACAGCUCAUGUGAUUCUGACAUGGGUCAUCACCCUCAUACUCUUCCUGCAUGAUACAGAGCUGAGGCGGCAGGAGGAGACGGGGCAGCUGGUCCAGCCGGUUCUGUUCGUGCUGCUGGUUCUGGGCUCGGUGCUGCUCUACUUCGCUGUUUCCCUCAUGGACCCCGGCUUCAUCCUGUCUGAGGACAGAGACCUGCAGUUCACGCUGGGAGUGACUGAGGAGCAGCAGGACAUGAUCCCCCCCACCACCAAGUCCCUGAGACAGCGGCGCUGUGGACACUGCCUGCUGCAGCAGCCGAUGCGGUCGAAGCACUGCCAGACGUGUCAGCACUGUGUGCGGCGCUACGACCACCACUGCCCCUGGAUCGAGAACUGUGUGGGGGAGAGGAACCACCGCUGGUUCGUGCUCUACCUGGCUGUGCAGCUGCUGGUGCUGCUGUGGGGGGUGCACAUCGCCUGGACAGGCUUCAGCGCGGCCCCCAGCUGGCAGCAGUGGCUGCGGUCUGACGGGGUUCUGCUGGCGGUGGCCGUGCUGCUGGCUCUGCUCUCUCUCGUGGUGCUGCUGCUGCUCGGCUCCCACCUCUACCUGGUGUCUCUCAACACCACCACCUGGGAGUUCAUGUCGCGCCACCGCAUCUCCUACCUGAAGCACUGCGGCGCCGACGAGAACCCCUUCGACCGCGGAACCUUCCACAAUCUGUGGGGUUUCUACUGCGUGUGGGGGACCGUGGUGUGGGAGCAGGUGUAUUUCAGGGAGGGCAGCGACCAGGUGUAGGAACACAUGGCAAGCAUGAACACUGACAGAACAACUUUUGGGUUUGAGGAUCCGACAGUGACCACAACUUUGUGGAACAAACUCUUCCUGUUACUCUGUCUGCCAGCUCUUCGAGUCCUAUAAUGGACCCGGAAAUGUAAAUGAGUACACCAAGUUUUAUGUUAGAAAUGUAUAGUCCCCAGCACAUAGAAAACUGCCAGAUGCUAACUUACAUAUGUUGGGCAAUUUUGGAGUGGUUCUGGGGCCGAUUGAGGAUGCUGAAUCCAUUUCUGACAUUUCCAGGAUCAACCAUUGUAAUCUUAACCAGAAAGUGGCCAUAUUUGUACUCUCUGUGAGUCCAUUUGUUAAGUUUUAGCUAAUGCUAAUUGUGCAAAUUGCCCAACAUAUGCAAGUUAGCAUCUGACAGUUUCUAUGUGCUGGGGACCCUACUAUACAUUUUCUAACAAAAAACUUUUGGGUACUCAACAUGUCUAGGUUCACAGUGCUGGCAGCUAUUCUAUGUGUGCAGUUUACCUUUUAUAUUCCCUGUUGUCGUUUCCUCUCAGUGAUAAUCGCUGCAGCACUUUUCCUGUUUCCCCCUCAUUCCCCCAAGUGGCUGUCAACAGAUAGAUGUCUCGCGUGGACAACCGGUUACCAGCACUACAGCCUUUAUUUAACAAUUGUUUACAACCAUUCAAGUAUACAGUACCAUGUCCACAGAGACAGGUACCUAACUGUGUGAUUCUGUGUGAGUACUGUGUCCUUACUGUGAAACAUUUUGUAAGUUUACUUGUAAUACAUGUCCAAUAUUGCAUAAACAUAUGAUUAAUAUAUACUUGUUUUAGGUGCAUGUGUAGACUAUCCAGAUUCCUAUCUGUGCACUCAUCCUGAUCAACACAUUGGAGAAUACAUUUUGUACGGUUGUUGUUUUUAUUGUAGAUAUCUUCUUUCUGUUUCUGUGAUCAAUUGCUUUAAUUGCUGAGUCAUUGUAUUCUGCACAGAGGUCCUACAGGGUCCAGUUGCUUCUAAAGACAAACCUGAUCUUUCUAUUUUCAAAGCAGUUUGUUUGAAGUGAAGCUGAAUUGUUCCUAGCAUUGAAUCCAUGAUGUACAGAAUGACUUUCAAUGGACAACAUUUCAAUCUAUUUUAUAUUGGACAUCCUUUUGAAACUAGUAUAUGGCUAUUUGAACGGAGUGAGUGAGUGAGUACUGUGGAGCAGCAGUACAUGAUGCUAUGUCUCGUGCAAUAGGAACCUGUAAGACAGCAAUACUUGUGAUGCUGAGUUCAAUGUACAGCAGUAGUGUUGGAUAAUGCAUUACCUCCAUAUGGACUGACAGCUCUGGUUUAUAUUCAUUAACAUGUAAUCCAUGUUGUGUACUUCUGAAUGAUAUGCAAUACUUUAUUGCAAUGUUUUUUAUAGCUUUGAAAUGACUAUCUACACAUGGAUAAAUAAAUGUUUAAUGAAACGUU